AUGAAUUCUUCUAAUGAGAACCAUUUGAGCUGCCGAUAAUCAGUGUAUCAAGAGGACCAUACUAUAGAAAAAGAAGUUGCCAGUAAAAACAAAUAGACAUGCAUGAUGGAGAAAAUAAAAAUUCAAAUCAAGUUCACCUCAGAUUAAAAAAUCGUAUAUUCAUAAAAUGGGGCAAUCUUGAGAGUGUACAAUUUAUUUAUAACUUUAUAAAAUAGAAUUGAAUACCAUGAUGUCGAAGGGAAACAGGAAUUAUUUAAUAAUAUGGAUCAAAUCCGCAAUCUUUUCUGGAAAGGUUAGAAUAGUUAAAACAAAAAGAAAGAAGGCAAAUGGAUAGCGUUUUGGAAGAAAAAACUUCUACAGAAUGUUGGUGGAUACUAUAAAGCAGGGUUAAAGGUUGGAUUAUGGAAAGAUCUAUUCCUAAACUACUAAGGGUAAGCUAUUGAUUUUUACUUGAAUAGUUGGGCAUAAAUUUUUGAGUUUGGAGAAUAUUCUCUUGGCUAUAGGAUUGGAAAAUGGAAUUAUAUUAAAAAAGAUAAAACAAUGUAUUUAUUUUAUAUUUAAAAUUGUUUAGUGGUGGUGGGAAUUAUAACAAUAAUGGUGGAAAGUAAGGCAAAUGGAUCGAGCUUGAUAAAGGAUUUUAUAGUAAGAAGAAAGUUCACUUUAUUCCAUAUAUUUUGAUAAAAAAUUUUAUGUAAAAGGAAAUCAAAAUUUGA